AUACUUCCUAUACUACUGACUAGUGGAGGUAGUGAGUGAUUGAAUGUGUGUGUCAUAUUAUCCUGCAUUCCUGAGCUAAGAGGAGGAUCUACUGGCAUUCAUUCCUAAAGGAAGAAAGAGCAGUUUAUACACUUUCUCUGUCUCUCUCUCUUUCUGUGAGGUAGAAGUCUUACUAAGAGGAGCUCAAAAUGUCCAGGCAUCUUGGUUUUCACAAUCUGCCUUACAUGGCCCAUAGGAAGUCAAUGAAGAAAGGAUUUAGGUUCACACUAAUGGUGGUUGGUGAAUCUGGUCUUGGCAAAUCAACACUCAUACAGUCACUAUUUGGCAACUCAAUUGCCACAUCUUCUGCUGCAUCUCACAGCAUCCAGCCUACCACAACCAUUGAGACUGUAACAGCUGACAUAGAACCCUUUGACGACCCGAGAGGUGUUAAGAUGAAACUAACGGUCGUAGAUACCCCAGGAUUUGGCGAAUCAAUCGACAGCUCAAACUGUUGGCAGCCAAUCGUUGAUUUCAUCAAUCAGAAGUAUGAUCAGUAUUAUGAAGAUGAGUCCGGUUUCAAUCGACCAAAUAUUGAGGACAAUCGCGUCCACUGCUGCCUUUAUUUCAUCAAUCCAAGCUGUCACCAGCUCAAGCCAUUGGAUAUUAAGUGCAUGCAGGAGCUCCACAAAUUGGUCAAUGUAGUACCUGUCAUUGCAAAGGCUGAUACUCUCACAGACAUUGAAAAGAAGAAACUCAAAACUAGAUUACUGAAUGAGAUAAAUGAGAAUGGGAUACAGAUAUACACUGGACAGAUUGAGGAAGAGGAAGAUUCACCAGAAAUAUUUGAAAUAAUGAAUGCUAUCCCAAUGGCAGUUGUUGGUAGUACAGAGUAUCAUCGUCUUGCUGGUGAGAAAGUGCGAGGCAGAUCAUAUCCAUGGGGGCUGGUCCAAGUUGAGAAUAAAGAUCAUUGUGAUUUCCUCCUGUUGAAGAGCAUGCUGAUCAACACUCACAUGCAGGAUCUGAAAGACUGCACUCAAGACAUUCACUAUGAGAACUUUAGAAAGAAAAAACUGAAGCAAGAGCACAGCGACUUGCAGCAGUUUAUAGGAGUAACCAGUGGAGGAGGAGCAGGAGGUGGUGAUGCUAUGCUGCUAGCUAAAGAGAGAGAGAUUGAAGAAAUGAAGCGGCAAAUGGCAAUGCUGCAAGCACAGCUGCAACGUGGAGGAGCAGGGAACCCCAGGGUGAUGUAAUGGAGCAAGAAAUUCAAAAACAAUACAUGAUUAUACUGACUCAAAUCCUUAAUUAUUAUUACUUAUCAUCAUAGCACAAUAGGUUUGUAUAAAUGCAUCAUUCCAUUCACACUCAUUCAUUAUCUGAGCUCAA